AUGGAGUUUCCCCACAUUGGAAAGAAUUGUUCAUAUUCAUCAUGCAAUAAACUAGAUUUCCUGCCAAUGAAAUGUGGUGCUUGCAAAGAGAUCUUUUGCUCAGAGCACUUUGCAUAUUUAAAACAUGAGUGUCCGGCACAAAAUACCAAAGAUGUCCAGGUUCCAGACUGUCCACUUUGUGGUGCCCCAGUACCUGGGCGGCGGGGUGAACCACCUGAUGUUGCUGUUGGUGCCCAUAUUGACAACCAGUGCACUUCUGACCCAGCUAAAGAAAGAAGAAACAAGGUAUUUACAAACCGGUGCUCCUAUAAAGGAUGCAAAACAAAGGAAAUGGUGCCCCUAAUAUGCAGUGAGUGCUCCCUUAACUACUGUCUGCGACAUAGGCAUGCUGCUGAUCAUGCAUGUGAAGGAAAAUUAGCAGCUAAGAGAAGACAGGCUGCAAAUGCUGCAAUGGCAAGAAUGAAAGCAAAUGCUAUUAAUUCGAGUCAGACUGCACCACCUGUAGCUGUGCCUGUCGCAUCUUUUUCAGAAGUUCAAGGAGAUAUGACGGAGGAUGAGGCGUUAGCGCACGCACUUGCACUCUCAAUGCAAGAACAAAGUGGAAAUAUACAUACAAGAGACACUAACUUUGCCAGAGCUCUUGCAAGACAGCGAGUGGGCGGGGAACAGAACUCUAGGUGUUCUGUAUCUUAG